AUGGGGGUAUGGGAGUACCCGGAUGGGAACGAAGUCUCCCUGAACCAGGAUCAGGCCAACGCUUCUGAGGAGGCUGCCGUUGCGGAGGGCGCGGAUGCUGAAGCGAACACAGGGGAUGCCGCCGAGAUGACAGCGGAGCCCACAGCCACGCCGGAAAAGUCCCCUCUCCAGGAGCUCAAAGAGCAGGUCUCUGCUCUCGAGGCAGCGGUGGCGGAGCUGAGGCGGCCUGCGACCGCAGAGGAUCCGGACUCCGUCGAUCCCAUGGCUCAGCCAGAAACCGGGGCUGCAGCUGCGGCACCAGCACCGCAGGUAGAGGUGCGCAUGGGAAGCAUGGAGGCCAAGGUGCGGGACUUAGCUGCUGCAGUGGAGACGUUGUCAGACAGCUUGGCCAUUCUGGAGGGACCCCCUGCGCCAGGGGAAGCUCCCACGAUUCCACGGCCCGCGUCCAGGUCUGCAGAGAUUUUCGGGCGCCUGGACUCUCUGGAGGCACGCGUGGUGGCCUUGGAGCAGUGCAAAGGUGGCAGCAAAGCCGAAGGCGAGGGCGGCGAAGGUGUCGCUCCCACGGAGCCGCCGACGGAAGUGGGGAGGACGGGCAAUCCCGUCACAGAAGCUGAGGCCGAAGCCCGUGGGCUUGUGAUGGGGCCUGAAGCUGAGGAAAGCGAGCGCGAGCGCUUUGCGCCAGAAGUGCCGGAGCUCACCGGCGAGGAACAGGCAACUGGUUGCCUUGAGUGGAAUGGGGAACCUGGAGACUGGGACGAGAAACUCACAUUCUUGGGAGACCAUGUGCAGGCUGCUACACCAGAGCAAGCAGAGCUGCUCAGUGGAAUUGUCAAAGAUGUGAAGUAUUGUUUGAAGAGGUGCGAGCUCCUGUUCCAGCUUCCUGAGAUCAAGGGGUUCAUCAAGCGUUUCCAGGCAUCGCUCCAUGUCAACGCCGUCCUGCAAGAUCGUUGGCUCGGCCCGGGUGGGCGCUCGGGCCGAGGCUUUUUCGACGAUGAAGAUCUCUUCGAAACCUCUUCCCGGAUACGACCCUCGAGCUCCGCAGUCGACCUGUCCCUUUCCAACCUCUCCACGGACCCUAUCACCAGGGUGCGCCGGAACGAGCCCAACAAGCGUCCCUUCCGCACGGUGACGGACUGGGCACGGCCCCACACGCCCCUUACAGUGGACCCAGUGCUGAAGACCUCCACCCCAAGCCUGCCAGACAUACUUCCACCCAAAUAG